AAAUGAUCACAUGAUGAGUGACUGAAUGAUUGAACGGGUUUCUUCGUCGUGAACGCGCUGUGAACACGUGAACGUGAUUUAUGUAUUAACACAUGACACUCGUGCCCGCGCUCCCCCGGCGGCGCGCCUGCUCUCCUCCGGCUGUGAGCGCGCGGAGACGCGUGAGCGAGCGUCAGAGAUCCAAGGACAGAGCGGCGCGCGAGCAUCAGGUCACCGGGAGUCCGCGAGCAUCACGAACCCAAACCGAGACACGACGGAACGGAACCAGCGGAGGACCGGAGAGGAGAACCGGAGGACGGAACCUGAGAACAGAACCGGAGACAAGAACCGGAGACAAGAACCGGAGCUUCUGAAUCAACAGGACGGAGCUCAUCACGGAGCAGACCCGCCGAGCUCCGGGGUCUCCGUCUGAGGACGAACCGAGCAGCACCGGAGCUUGUCACGGAAAAACCCAACAACCUUUAACCCAAAGGACCCGGAGCUGCCCGGUACCGACAGAACCGACGGACGGAAUCAACAGGAGACCGGAGAACGACGCAGUUAACCGGAGAACCGGGACCAGAACCAGGACCCAGAACCAGGACCCAGAACCAGGACCUGCAGCUGCAUCAUGUUGCCCCGGGGUGUGCUGCUGCUGGCAGUGCUGCAGUGCUGCUCGGUGGCGCUGUGUGGCUGUGAGCCCCGCCAGGUGAACGUGGGGGCGGUGCUUAGCCAGAAGCGCUAUGAGCAGGUGUUCAAGGAGGCGGUGCUUCAGGCCAACGCUCUGUACGGACGGGACAAGUUCAAGAUGAACGCCAUCUCAGUGACGCAUAAACCCAACGCCAUCCAGAUGGCGCUGUCCGUCUGCGAGGACCUCAUCUCCAACCAGGUUUAUGCCAUCCUGGUCAGCCAUCCUCCUCAGUCCAACGACCACCUGACGCCAACGCCUGUCUCCUACACGGCCGGGUUCUACCGGAUCCCCGUGGUCGGCUUGACGACACGCAUGUCCAUCUACUCCGACAAGAGCAUCCACCUGUCCUUCCUGAGGACGGUGCCUCCAUACUCCCACCAGGCCCACGUCUGGUUCGACCUGAUGAGAGAGUUCAGGUGGAACCACAUCAUCCUGAUCGUCAGCGACGACCACGAAGGCCGAGCUGCUCAGAAGAGACUGGAGACGCUGCUGGAGGAGCGAGAGACCAAGACUAAAAACAGGAACUAUGAAAACCUCGACCAACAGAACUUUGACUUCAGGAGAACACCCAAGGCCGAGAAGGUUCUGCUGUUCAGCCCGGAGACCAACCUGACGGCGCUGCUGCUGGAGGCCAAAGACCUGGAGGCCCGAGUCAUCAUCCUCUCCGCCAGUGAGGACGAGGCUGCUGCCGUCUACAAAGCUGCCCGGCAGCUCAACAUGACCGGUUCUGGUUACGUCUGGCUGGUUGGAGAACGAGAGAUGACGGGCAAAGCUCUGAGUGAAGCUCCAGACGGCCUACUGGGCCUCCAGCUGAUUAACGGUAAGAACGAGUCGGCCCACAUCGCUGACGCCGUGGCGGUGGUCGCUCAGUCACUGCAGGAGCUGUUUGAGAAGGAGAACAUCACGGAGCCUCCGCGGGGCUGCGUAGGAAACACCAACAUCUGGAGGACCGGGCCGCUCUUCAAACGGGUGCUGAUGUCAUCGAAGUACCCUGACGGCCUGACGGGACGAAUCGAGUUCAAUGACGACGGUGACCGGCGCUUCGCCACCUACAGCAUCCUGAACUACCAGCAGAAACCGGGGCGCCUCGUCCAGGUCGGAGUCUUCAACGGCUCACAGGUCGUCAUGAACCCUCAGAGGAAAAUCAUCUGGCCUGGAGGAGAAACCGAGAAACCAGUCGGAUAUCAGAUGUCGACAAAACUCAAGAUUGUGACUAUCCACCAGGAACCUUUUGUUUACGUUAAACCUACGAAGACUGACGGGACAUGUAAGGAGGAGUUCACCGUUAAUGGAGUUCUCAUCAAGAAGGUCAUCUGUACCGGACCCAACGGAACCAUACCAGGUCAGCCCAUCGUUCCUCAGUGUUGCUAUGGUUUCUGCAUCGAUCUGCUCAUCAAGCUGGCCAUGAGCAUGAACUUCACCUACGAGGUUCACCUGGUGGCUGACGGCAAGUUUGGAACGCAGGAACGGGUGAACAACAGCAAUAAGAAGGAGUGGAACGGGAUGAUGGGGGAGCUGCUUGGAGGUUUAGCCGACAUGAUCGUAGCUCCUCUCACCAUCAACAAUGAGCGCGCUCAGUACAUCGAGUUCUCCAAACCGUUCAAAUACCAGGGGCUCACCAUCCUCGUCAAGAAGGAAAUCCCUCGCAGCACUCUGGAUUCGUUCAUGCAGCCGUUCCAGAGCACACUGUGGCUGUUGGUCGGUCUGUCGGUCCAUGUGGUGGCAGUGAUGCUUUACCUACUAGACCGGUUCAGCCCGUUUGGAAGGUUUAAAGUGAACAGUGAAGAAGAAGAAGAAGACGCCCUCACCCUGUCCUCGGCCAUGUGGUUCUCAUGGGGAGUACUGCUCAACUCUGGCAUCGGAGAGGGAGCUCCGCGGAGCUUCUCAGCCAGGAUUCUGGGGAUGGUGUGGGCAGGAUUCGCCAUGAUCAUUGUAGCUUCCUAUACUGCCAACCUGGCAGCCUUCCUGGUGCUGGACCGGCCUGAGGAGCGCAUCACUGGCAUCAAUGACCCCAGGCUGCGUAACCCAUCAGAUAAGUUCAUCUACGCCACAGUGAAGCAGAGCUCGGUGGAUAUCUACUUCAGACGGCAGGUGGAGCUGAGCACCAUGUACCGGCACAUGGAGAAACACAACUAUGAGAGUGCCGCUGAGGCCAUCCAGGCUGUCCGAGACAACAAACUCCACGCCUUCAUCUGGGACAGCGCUGUGUUGGAGUUCGAGGCGUCGCAGAAGUGCGAUCUGGUGACGACGGGAGAACUGUUCUUUCGCUCCGGCUUUGGGAUCGGAAUGAGGAAAGACAGUCCGUGGAAACAGAAUGUUUCUCUGGCUAUUCUCAGCUCUCAUGAGAAUGGCUUCAUGGAGGACCUGGACAAGACGUGGGUUCGAUACCAGGAGUGUGACUCGAGGAGCAACGCGCCGGCGACCCUCACCUUCGAGAACAUGGCAGGUGUGUUCAUGCUGGUCGCCGGAGGAAUCGUCGCUGGGAUCUUCCUCAUCUUCAUCGAGAUCGCCUACAAACGGCACAAAGACGCUCGCAGGAAACAGAUGCAGCUCGCCUUUGCCGCCGUCAACGUGUGGAGGAAGAACCUGCAGGAUAGGAAAAGUGGUAGAGCAGAGCCCGAGUCCAAAACCUCUUUUAGGUCCAUCACUGCCACCUCCGACCUCAAACGCCGUAAGGCCUCCGGGGACGUAACGCCGUAUCCAACUGAUAUCACCGGACAGCUCAACCUAUCAGAUCCCUCCGUCAGCACCGUGGUCUGAGAGAGGGAGGAGGGCGAGCGAGGAGCUGCUGCUGAGCCACAAAACACACAACACACAACACACACACAAGACACAACAGACACACACACACACACACGACACAACAGACACACACACACACACACACACACGACACAACAGACACACACACGACACAACAGACACACACACACACACGACACAACAGACACACACACACACACACACACACGACACAACAGACACACAACACACACAACAGACACACACACACAGAAGACACAACAGACGCAUGACACACACAACACACACAAGACACAACAGACACACACAAGACACACAACACGCACACACACGCACACACAACAGACACACACACACACACAACAGACACACGACACAAACACAGACACACAGAAAAGACAACAGACAGACACACGCACAACAGACACACAACAGACACACAGAUGAGAGGAUGACAACAUGCUGACAUCAGGACAUCCAUCCAGUGGGUCUUUUAUUUUGAAAGAACCGUUCCAACCUGGUUUUAUUUUGGUUGUAAUUCUGUUUCCUGUUAAUCACAGUGAUUGAUCGAACUGACAUAGUUCUACUACCAGUUUAUUCUAUCUGGUUCUAACUGGUUUCUGCUGGUUAUAUGUGGUUAUUACUGGUUCUAACUGGUUCUAUCUGGCGACGCCUUUGUUCUCAACUUAAGCUCAUGAAAUCCAACACAGCUGUUUCCUUUAAACGUGAACACAAACCUGUCAAUAAAGAACCAAUGGAUGGGGAACCUGUUGAGGGGGAACCCGUUGAUGGGGAACCUGUUGAUGGGGAACCCAUUGAUGGGGAACCUGUUGAUGGGGAACCCGUCGAUAGAGAACCUGUUGAUAGAGAACCUGUUGAUGGGGAACCCGUUGAUGGGGAACCCGUCGAUAGAGAAACUGUUGAUAGAGAACCUGUUGAUGGGGAACCUGUUGAUAGAGAACCUGUUGAUGGGGAACCCGUCGAUAGAGAACCUGUUGAUGGGGAACCCGUCGAUAGAGAACCUGUUGAUAGAGAACCUGUUGAUGGGGAACCCGUUGAUGGGGAACCCAUUGAUGGGGAACCCGUCGAUAGAGAACCCGUUGAUAGAGAACCUGUUGAUGGGGAACCUGUCGAUAGAGAACCUGUUGAUGGGGAACCUGUCGAUAGAGAACCUGUUGAUGGGGAACCUGUCGAUAGAGAACCUGUUGAUGGGGAACCCAUCAGUAGAGAACCUGUUGAUAGGGAACCUGUUGAUAGGGAACCUGUCGAUAGAGAAUCUGUUGAUGGGGAACCCAUCAGUAGAGAACCUGUUGAUAGGGAACCCGUCGAUAGAGAGCCCAUCAAUGGGGAACCCAUCGAUAGAGAACCCGUCGAUAGAGAACCUGUCGAUGGGGAACCCGUCGAUGGUAGAGCUGGUUUCGAUCAGUGUUGGGCGGAGCCUCUGGGACAGGAAGUUUAACAGAACUACAAACAUGUCCUGAAUCUCUGAACCUGACUGAGGCGUUCCACUGCUGAGACUGCUGGGUAAUGUAGUCUGUAGAGAGACUGAUCAUCAGUCUACAAUGUUCUACAGAAACCACCGUUUCACUUGUCCUCAUUAAUAUUACCGUGGAACUCAUUAUUACUGGUUUUAAACUGUUUUCAUGUUUAAUUAACUUUUCAGCUGCAUUUUGUCUAAGAUUCUCCACACUGCAGUAGAAAUAUUGGAGGAAUAAUUCAUAUUUAUCUUCAUUAUUUGGUUUAAAAACUGUCACAUUUGAAGAUAAUAAUGGAUAAAAGUUCCUCCAGUGGUUCUCCAGGAGAACAUUAAAGGACUUUUACAGGAAUUUAUGAUUUUUUAAACUACUGUUUCAUGAUCAAGGCAGCAGUAAUUCAGGUGAACAAACUUCCUGUUCCCGGAGGCUCCGCCCACCGCUCCCAGGGCCUGCUGGGAGUCAUAGUCACUGCCCCUCCUCCUGUGAUGUCAUCUGUCUAACUCCUGCCAAUCAGAAGCUGAUGUCCUGUGGAAACCUCCUAACUCCAGCGGGCCUGUUCCCUCAGGUCUGCUGGAGUUAGGAGGUUUCCACGAGAAGAUAAAAAAUAUCCAGUCAGACGAGAAGAUGAAAACCGAGUGUCACUGAGAACAGGAAGGCUUUUAUUUUGAAGGACAGGUGUUUUGUGGUCACCUUUAGGUCACAUUUACACUCACAGAGACGAGAAAACUCACAGCUCACUUUGUGUUUGUACAAAACUCAGCAACAAAGCAACAAAAUAAAAGAAUAACGGGUUAAAAAGAUCAUUCAUUGUUAUAAUUAUUAAUUUAGAUGAAGUCAGUUCAGCUUUAAUUAAAGGAUUCAUUUGUUAACUUUCACUUCCAGCUUCACACUUGUAGACAUAAAGCAGCUUUUUAUGCAACAUUUAUAAUUACCACUACUAUGUAAAAGCACAUUUAUUAAAUCAUAAAUUUGUGAAUGUUGUACAGACGUGUUUGUGUUUAAAUAUAUCUCAAGGCUCAGCAUCACCGUUUAACGUUCACAAGAUGUUUUCCAUCAGCAGCUGAAGACCAUGUUUCUACACUUUAGUUACAGAACGUUAAAAUAUACUAUAUUAGUGUAUAUAUCUAUCUAUCUAUAUAUCUAUCUAUCUAUCUAUCUAUCUAUCUAUCUAUCUAUCUAUAUAUGUAUAUAUAUAUAUAUAUAUAUAGAGAGAGAGAGAGAGAGAGAUAUAUAUACAAUAUUUAAGUUGUAGAAAUCUGUACAUUUUCACUUUUAGGACUUUUUUGCUGAUUAAAGAUUCAUAAAUGAGCAGAAUAUUGAUGUUUUUUAGCUUAACGCCAGUAAAUACAAGAUAUUUUUAAAAAGAGUAAAUCUGUUACAGACGAGCAUUUAGGUUCCGUUAGUGCAUGUUAGCCUUUAAAGAACGCUUUAGAUGAGAACGUUCUAGUGUUUAACGUGUCAUGGUUCUGGUUCCUGAACCCUGGUGACCUGUGCGGGUUCUGGUUCUGGUUCCUGAACACUGGUGACCUGUGCGGGUUCUGGUUCCUGAACCCUGGUGACCUGUGCGGGUUCUGGUUCUGGUUCCUGAACACUGGUGACCUGUGCGGGUUCUGGUUCCUGAACCCUGGUGACCUGUGCGGGUUCUGGUUCUUGAACCCUGGUGACCUGUGGGGGUUCCGUCAGGUGAAGGUCCGGUGGCUGCAGAACAACUGUUGUUUUUUCUGAGUGCCAUGUUCUCGGUGACGCUCGGCUGCAGGUGAGCUGCUCCGACCGACCGACCGGCCGACAGGUAGAACCCACCUGGUCCUCGGAUCCACAGAACGCCUCGUUCCGGCUGCUGAGUUCAGCGGAGUUUGUUUUUGUGUUGUUCACCUUUAAACCCUGAAACACGAGGAAAUAAAUGAUGUAACCAGAUGGAGCCUGAGCUGAAAGGUUCCAGGUUCCACUUCGUUUCUUUAUUUAAGCUUUAUUUAAGCAGCAGAACUCCCACUGAGGUUAAAACUCAGCUACAGAACCCUUCAUGUGUUUCAAUCUAAACAACACUUAAAACAGAUCUUUAGGGUUUCAACACCAGUUUUCUUUCUUUUAGGGUUAAUUAUAGGAUUAAUAAUCACUAAAAGUCGGUUCCACAAUGUUCUCUAUGUGAAUAAAAGCAACAAUAACAUGUUAGAUAUCAUUUUCUCCAAAUAAAAAAACUCACAGAGUUUAAAAAUCUUUUUACUGAUUUCAGUUCGAUAGAAAGAUUCAGAUCUUCACCGUUUUAGACCUUUCACUCUGGACAGAAACUUUGUUCAAGAUCGAUGGGGAACCCGUCAAUGGGGAACCCAUCAAUGGGGAACCAUCAAUAGGGAACCCGUCAAUGGGGAACCCAUCAAUGGGGAACCCGUCGAUAGAGAACCUGUUGAUCAAGAAUCCGUCGAUGGUAGAGCUGGUUUCUAUCUCUGUUGGGCGGAGCCUCUGAGACAGGAAAUUUAACAGAACUACAAACGUUCUGAAUCUCUGAACCUGACUGAGGCGUUCCACCACUGAGGCUGCUGGGUAAUGUAGUCUGUAGAGAGACUGAUCUGAUUGGAUCGCGAUGCUUUUCUUACAUGCUCAGUGUCACAGCUCUUAAAGGAACACAUUUCCUGUUUGUACAGAAACGUUCUCAAAGGUUUAAAAGAAGUUUAGGAUGAAAUGAAAACUUUACAGCGUGGAAGAACUUUUCAAACGUCUGGUUUGUCAUCAGUCUUGUUCCAGCAGUGAUUAAAACGUUCCACUAGUCCUCAUUAAUAUCACCGUGGAAGUCAUUCUUCUAGUCUAAUAUGUUUUUACGUUUAAUAAUUUAACUGUUAAGCCGGAUUUUUUCUAAAAUUGUCCACACUGUAGUAGAAAUAUUGGAGAAAUAAUUCAUAUUUAUCUUCAUUAAUUUACAUAAAAAUUCAAAUCUAGUUUCCGACUUUUAUUAUUUCAUUUGUUCACUUUAUAUCGUUGCAUUUUACUGAUUUAAUGAUGUUAAACUAAAACAUGAAGCUCUUUGUUUGGCUCCAGAAUUAUUAGUUUGACAUCAAGACGUUAAAAUCACGAGUCGACUGAUUGACAGCAUCUUCAGACUAUCUUUAAAAACAGUUUAUGAUUUUAAAAAUUCAUUUACAAGACACCAAAAUUUACAUUUUUACUGCAAAUAUAAAUUAGUUCUAAGUAUCAGUCAAUCGAUAAUCAAUAUCAGCCAUAAAAAGUACCGUUAGCUGACCCAUAAUAUUUCUAAUAUUUGUAUUAUUUAUACAAUGUUAAACUGGGAUGUUGAUUAUAAACCACUCAUUUUAUUUUGAAAUCACCAAACAGGACGGGAGUCUAAAGUUAAAGCUGAUCAAUCAACAGUAUUGAUCGUUGAUUCGUGGAUAAAGUGGACAUUGUUGGAGCAGCUCAACCUGAAGCUUCAAUCUGAUGUCACAGUUUUUAUGUUUGUGAUUAUUCUGAUGUAAAAGAUGAUGAUGAUGAAGAUGUUUGUACUGAUUGAUCGUAUUGAUCUGUGGUCGGAGAGCAACGCUGGCCACAGUAGAAGAAGACGACGAGAUGUUUCUGUCAGAUUUUAUUUUCUGUAGAAGAAGUAGUUUCCUCCUUCCAGUCGGCCUGAUCGUCGGCUCCUUUGGUUUGUUUUCGGUUUGUUGUUGGUUUGUUUUCGGUUUGUUUUGUUUUUGUUUUGUUUUUGCUUUGUUUUCGGUUUUUGGUUUUCGGUUUGUUUUCAGUUUGUUUUUGGUUUGUUUUUGGUUUGUUUUCGGUUUUCUGAACGUUUGUAUGAAGCCGACACUGUAGCUGCUCGACCAUCGAGAUUCACCUGAAACACUUUUAGAAGAAGUGAAAUGUGAAGUUUUUCAGUGUAAUUUAAUCGACACCGUUCAGUUGUUGCACUUUGUUGAAUUCAGUCGAUGUUUUUAGUGAAACUAACUUUAACCUGCGAAGCGUCAAAUCUGUGAACAGCAGCAACAGUUUCUGUAAUAAAAUCAUUUUUAUUUGA